GUGGACACCAGUGAUGUGAACACUUCACCAGAGCAGGCAACCAUGCCUUUCUUUCUUAAUAGCUAACUUCAUUCUGGCUUCACUCUGGCUUCAGCUGUUUAGCUUUUCUUUAGUGCUUCCUCUAGCAAAAGCUCUCGCAGUAAUAAUGCCCUGACAAAUAACCUAUAUUUCUAUGGCCGGCGCUCCCGUCCCUCCUUGCUGGCGCAACGAGCAUGCCGAAGACAGAGAUCCUUGUCCACAUUACUGCCCCAAGCAGAGCGGCCGAUGACACCAACUACAGGGCUUUGGCCGCUGCAUAUCUGGCUUUUGCACCCAUAACGAAGACCGCCGUCCCCUUCCUAGACGACCCUGAUUCUUCUCUCGAUGCUGUCGAUGCAGACCGAAGCGGACUCCCCGCAACCCAGAAUACUACCGAUUUCCUUCUGUCGAGUCAGAGGGCAACACUGGAGUCACCCGAUAUCUCCUUUAGAGGUGCCGCAGACAACCUUAGCUCUCCCGACCUGCGCGGGGCUCGUGGAAGCAACAGACCAGGUGUUGAAGUUCAAUCUUCAUGGCAGACCCCCCCAAGCGUCAUUGCCGACUCCAACCCAGAGAACAAUAUUGCCAUUCCUCGGUAUUGCUCGCCAACAAGGAUUCUCGAACACUACUUGCAAGACCAUGAGAUUAGCCAGUCCGAACCUUCGCCUUCCCCUGGGCAGCCUGGGCAGCCAGGGGGUGUGGGGGGUGUGGUAGGCCCGGUAUGCUCUCAAUCUGAAGACACCAGGGAGACGUCAUUCUCGCACUCUGCCUUUAAUGACUCGCGAAUCUUACAAUAUGGCACCAACGACAUGCCCAGAGUGGCGGUUAUCCCGCAAUCCCCUCUCAUGACUUGCCGGAAACGAGGGAGACUUGCUACUCCAACUCCAGUCUCCUCAGGGACAGAGGCCGUUAUCUCAUCGUCUGAAGCAGCUGAGCGGAACAGCCCAAUCCCUGCAUCGCAGGACCUAGCAGCCCACCCGCCACGGGCAGAUUCGGAGCCGCCGCCCAGCAAACGCCAGAAAGGAUCUCCAGCCAAGGAGAAUGCCAAAGCAUUGGCAAGAAGCUCCAGUGAUAUCGGCCCGAGGCAGGAGCAGGCAAAGGUGCGACGGCUGGAUGGACUUCAGAGAGCACACCAGAGCCUUGACGGGCUACACAUCUACUCCCCAGCGCCCCCCGUGUCAUGCGAUGCAGUAGACCAAUCCACAUUUGUGACUGGGACCCUGGCAAAGCUGGCCAAGGACCUGGAUAUUGAGAAGAGGUAUCAGCCGAAAGAACAAUACCGGGACAUACGGCCCUUUGAACGCGGCCACUGGCUGGUAGACUGCACGACCUGGACGGAGCAGCUGAAGGAUAAGGCCUGGGGUUUCUUGACCAACUACGUGGGUAACGGGGUGGCAGGAUGGGGCAUCUGGUGCUGCCGGGACAGGGAGUUUAGGUGGAUUCGCUUGUAUUGCUGGGGUUCUGUGGUUGGGCAUAUGCAUCUGGUACUGUAUCUUGCAAGUCAAAGGAGGAUCUUAUAUACCGGCAGCACUUGGGUAGGAGGAAACGGUCAAGUGGCCAUUGUCAUGGGCGCAAAGCCCACCAGAACUGCAUGAGCACUUGGGAUCUUCGGCGUUUCGGCUCUAUGGUCUGGUUUAUAGGAUAGUACUCUCGCAUUGGGGAUGGCACAAGUGGCGUUAGCAUUGAUCUUGCAUGAAUCACAGUUGCCUGUUUUCUCGAGG